AUGCAGCCGCUCCCGACCGUUCUCCCACCGCCCGCGCUGCCGGACGGCACGGUGCCGACUCGGCCUAAGGAGCGACAGGCGAACCUCGAGCGCUUCCAAGCCGAGCUUGAGUUCGUCCAGUGCCUCGCCAACCCGCUGUACCUCCACGAGCUGCACGUGCAGAAGUACUUCGACGACCCCGCGUUCCUUGAGUAUCUCAAGUAUCUGGAGUACUGGCGGCGACCGGCGUAUGUUCGCUUCAUUGUCUACCCCACUUGUCUAGUCUACCUCACACUCCUCGGACAACCCAGGUUCCGUGAAAGAAUGGGUGAUCUGGGAUUCAUUCACGACCUCAUGCGCAAAGCCGACCGUCACCACGAGACAUGGUAA